UGUAAUUGUGGAGUUGUGUAUUAAGUGAUGGUAAGUCGAAGCAAGUUUGUUCUCUACUUAAUUGUUACAUUUUAUGUAACCCUUUCUAGCGUGACGGAAUGUUAUGAUAUUAAAACUCAUAAGCUCUUGUUUGUCUUUGGAGAUUCACUCUUUGACACCGGCAACAAUCCGCAUCUUCCCGCAAAUGAAGGUAGGUUUCCUACGGGGACUCUUUGGCCCUACGGGAUGACCUUCUUUGACAAGCCCACUGGAAGAAUCUCUGAUGGCCGUCUACUCCCUGACUUCAUUGCCACUGAUGCAAAAUUGAGACUACCAGUACCAUACCUGGAGGAAGGAGGUGAUUUUACUGAUGGAAUCAACUUUGCUUCGGCCGGGGCAGGUGUUCUUGGCGAGAGUGAGACGGCGAUUAACCUUGGAGUACAAUUACCAUAUUUCAAGACCGUCGUAAAACAAUUGGAACAGAUAUUAGGCCACGAGGAAGCCAAAAGUCUUUUGCACAGAUCGGUGCUCUUGUUCAGCAUAGGAGGCAACGACUACAUGAGGUUUAACAUGAACAGAGAUCCUACUCUUUCCGAGCAGGUUGAACUUGUAGGGCAGGUGAUGGGUAAUUAUACAGCUGCACUUGAAGAAUUUUAUGCUCUCGGAGUAAGGAAAAUUGGGUUCCAGAAUGUUGGACCUUUGGGUUGCAUGCCAAAUGUCAAACAAAAAACCAAUAAUGUAGAGGUUGAUUGUGUAGGUAGAUUCAUGAGCCAGGCAACAUUGCACAACAGUUUCCUAGCUACUGUCCUGGAGCAAUUUGAGCUUAAACACCCUGGUUUCAAAUAUGCAUUAUUUGAUUACUACAAUGCUCUUCGUGACAGAAUUCUUCAUCCCACAGAACAUGGCUUCAAGGUAGGAAAAGUUGGAUGCUGUGGCAGUGGAGUACUGAAUGGAGAAAAUUGCAGUAGUACUCAGGAACCUUUCAAUUUAUGCGAAGAUGUGAAUGAGUAUGUGUUUUUUGAUGGGGGUCAUCAUACUGAUAGAGCCAACUUUCAACUAGCACAGCUGAUGUGGACAGGACCAAAACAUUUGCCACGCUCAGUCAAAGCCAGGAGGUGCACGUUAACACAUAAAGCCUUGUUUGUGUUUGGAGACUCCUUGUUUGAUCCUGGCAACAACCAGUAUCUAAAUGACAGCAGAAAAGGAUGCAACACCUUUCCUUAUGGAGAAACCUACUUCAAACGCCCCACUGGAAGACUUUCUGAUGGCCGCACAGUGCCUGAUUUGAUUGCCCAGUUUGCCAAUUUGCCUAUACUUGCACCAUACCUGCAACCGGGUGCUCAUCAAUUCACUGAUGGGGCAAACUUUGCUUCUGCUGGAGCUGGAGUUCUUGAUGAAACUCAUCCUGGAACGAUACGUCUGAGGUUGCAGCUAAGCUAUUUUAAGGAUGUGGCGAAAUCACUGAAGCAAAAACUAGGUGAAGCAGAAGCCAAUAGGGAGUUGAGGAAUGCGGUUUAUUUGUUUAGCAUUGGAGGCAAUGAUUACUUCAGCUUUUCUCAGACGAACCCCAGAGCUUCUCAGUCCUCCAAGGGUCAAUAUGUUAAAACAGUCAUUGGAAACUUAACAUCUGUGCUCAAAGAGAUAUAUAAUAUAGGAGGGAGGAAAAUUGCAUUUCAAAAUGCAGGGCCAUUGGAUUGCCUUCCAGGAAUGAAAUCUUUUGAUCCUAAGCUUGGAAGUGCUUGCUCUGAGGAACCCUCAUCACUAGCAAGACUACACAACAGAUAUCUGGCUGUUCUCCUUAAGAAGCUAUCAACCCAGUUCCCAGGAUUCAAAUAUGCAAUAUUUGAUUACUACAGUGCACUUGGUGACAGAGUUGCUAAACCUUCAAAAUAUGGAUUCAAAGAGGGGAAGGCUGCAUGCUGUGGCAGUGGACCUUACAGAGGAAUGAAUUGUGGGAACACAAUAAAUGGAACUAAAUCCUUCGAGUUAUGCAGUAAUCCUGGAGAAUAUGUUUGGUUUGAUGGUGGACAUACUACAGAAAGAGCUAACACUCAACUAGCUAAGCUGCUUUGGAAUGGAGCCCCACCAGUCACAGGGCCUCGCAAUAUGAAACAACUUUUUAACCUUUGAUUAUUAGACUAUCUUGUAUGCUUAUUCAGAUUAUGCAGUCUGAUUAGUUUCAAUAAAAUUCUUCAGUAACUUGCUCUGGA